ACUUUCUUAUUAUCAAUACAACCAUUCACUCGCACGAGACAAGCCACAAAGCUGCAAAUAAAUAAUGUGGUAGUCGACGAUGUUUUAUCAAGGCGAUUUACAGAGUGGCAUUGCCACUGCUAUGCGCGAAGCGAAGCCUGUCGUUUGUUUCGUCCGUGAUGAUCAUGAAGAAAGCACGACUUGGGAGAAUGAAUAUUUUGAUAAUGAUGAGCUACGUGGAUUAGUCUCAGAUAGCUCGGUCACUCUACGUCUCAUAGCUGGUACCCAAGAAGCUGGAUUCCUCACUUCGAUAUGCCCUAUCCAGACUUUCCCGGCAGUUAUAGUGAUAAGGAAUGGGAUGCUGCAGGAAUACCUUGUUGCGGGGACUUCUAAGGAUGCUUUUCAGACGAGAUUGAAAACGGCUAUUGCUGCAUCUUCGCAUCCGAUUGCUCGAGAGUCUGAACCGAACCCGGCUGUUAUUACUUCAGGUAGUACACAUACCACAGAAUUACAGCCACCAUUACAGAACGCUACAACGAAUUUGCAGCCGCAAGCACCUAUUGUACCCGCAGCUCCUCAACUGCAGACACAAAUACAACCGCAGCAACCAGUCCAAGGAACAGCAGAACGACUAAGGGAAAGCAUACGUGCCGGUAAACGACCCGAAACCCACGAGACUCCCGAAGAAAAGAAAGCCACGCAAGAAAAGGAAGAGCGUCAUGCACUACAAACCAAGAUUCAACGAGAACAGAGAGAACAACGAGAAGAAAGAGAACGAAUCCGAGAACAAAUCAAGAAAGACCAAGAAGCACGAAGACAGCGUGCAGCCGAAGAACAACACAGCUCCAUUCCCACCACAUCUACCCCAUCAGGAACUUGUAAGACAAAUAAACAAUCAUCACAAUACCGCCUUCAAAUACGCCUCUUUGACGGAAGUUCCGUUCGCAAUAGUUUCCCACCUUCAGCGACGAUCCGGAAAGAUGUCCGUCCCUGGUUAGAGAGUCAGCGAUCAGAUGGUUCGGCGCCGUAUAAUCUCAAGCAUAUUUUGACACCUCUUCCGAAUCGCACCAUCUCUGUUGCAGAAGAAGAACGGACAUUAGAAGAAUUGGAUUUGGGACCGACGGCCAGUCUGGUCAUGGUUCCUGUCCCUUCGUAUAUUGAAGCCUAUGCUCCGUCCGGAAUAGUGAACAGCAUCCCAGGUAAAGUUGUAUCGUCUGGGUAUGGACUCAUCUCUGGAGUAGUAGGUGGUGUGGCUGGUAUGGUUGGGGGACUGUUUGGAUACGGCGGCACUUCUAAUCAAGCAACUGCCACAUCACAUUCGAAUGAUCAGCAGAACGCAGCUCCGACGACAGCAUCGAAUACAAGGACAAGAAGCGGUCAGGGCAUUAAUAUCCGAACAAUACAUGACCAAAGGAAUGAUAGGGAUGAGAGGGAGUUUUAUAAUGGCAAUACUUUGAACUUUGAACCGAGGAGAGGUGAUGAUUUGAAAGACAAGUGAUUAUAUAUAGCAUAGGACAAUGAUUUGAUGGCAGCUCGCAGCGAAAUAAGCGCCAACGGCCACCACGAGAAUAUAUGCCAUGUUCUAUCAGGGAACCAUGUAGUCUGAAGCGCCCAUGAAUAGGAAUGGAUAGCGUAUGUACUCCCCUACUAGAGACGCAGCGAAUCUGAGUGGAGUAUUUUCUUUUUAUUC